CAGCAACAAGCCAAUGGCGCCGUUGCGAAUGCAGCGCGGCAUCCCGACAAUGCAUUUCGUCAAGUUGCAGGGGCCUCCCGUCCCGCUGGCGAUGGACCACAUAGGUUAAGGUAGCCAGCGUCCGAGUCCGUACUCAGGGCCUGGCAGCGCCUCCGGGGUGGCAGUCGAAGAGUCCCUGUUCCUGCCAUUGUCACCGCUGAGACGGGUCACAGCGGCAGCGGUCAUGGUAUAUGGGGAAGCCGCCAACUCAAUUUGCACCGCACGCGCCACGCCUUGUUUUUCUUUCCCUUCGACAACUAUUUCUUGUACCUCCACAACGCACGAGCGACGCCGAUUCUGCCGCGGGCUUUACGCGUACGUCGGUUAUCCACAAGGGUCCCGUGUCAGCCGAUUUUUUGCCUUUGCCGCCUGCCUUAUUAUUCUGCGCGAAGCAAUCGAUCCCCGUCCCUCUCCGACACUGUCGACCCGAAUCCGACGGCGCCAUCUCGACGAGACCGCCAUCGAAUCGCGGCGCGUCAGCUGAGCAGCAAAACCGCGCCUCGCAGAGCAACAUUCUCCUGUAUCUGCAUACCGUGAGAACGCUCGGCCUUGCAGCGAGCCGGCGCGCGAACGUCCAGACCCUCAACCAUCAGCCAAGACACAACCAGCCUAGGGCCCCAGCGCUGCUACAUUCUCGGACAGUUGGCAAUCUGCAGCAAUCAUGGAAGACGGCCUUCAGAUGCUGCCACCGCAAACGGCGGAUCCUAUCUCGCGACCGAGCUCGACCUCCACGUCCGCCUCGGCAACACUUCCACAUUUGCCUGGCAUCGCCGCCCUGGCCGCCAGCAAUGCUGCCAACAGCACAACACCCGAUUCGCCGCAGCUCAGGGCAACGUCGGCACCACAGGCACUAAUGAAUGCAGGCAUAUCGCACGCCGCAACGAGUGGAGGAGGAGGAGGCAUGCCCGUCUGCCAAAACUGUACAACAUCAACGACGCCACUUUGGCGGCGCGAUGAGUUUGGUGCCGUUCUGUGCAAUGCAUGCGGUCUCUUCCUCAAGUUGCAUGGGCGCCCUCGUCCCAUCUCGCUAAAGACGGACGUUAUCAAAAGUCGCAAUCGCGUCAAGACGAUUCGCCCAGACUUGGCAUCGAAGAAGAAGCAGCAGCAGCAACAGCAACAACAGAAUGCCGCGACUGCCGCACAAGCGAUACAACGAUCGGCGCAGAAGAAUGCGAACGGCACAAUCGAAGGCUCCGACUCGCCCGUGUCGCGAACCGGCACACCGUCGAUGUACAACCAGGGGCUGCCAUCUUUCAUGGUCGACGAUCCGUACCAGACGGGCUUCAACGGCUCCACUGGCGCCGAUGGCGGCUCUCCUAUGAACGGAGACCGGAGCCUCGACACGCCACAGACUCACGAGCAACUGAUAGCCCAUAACUCUAGCCUUAAGACGAGAGUUAGCGAGCUUGAGGUUAUCAACGAACUCUUUCGUGGCCGUCUGAGCCAACUCGAGCAACAAGAGGCAGCGGCACGACGUGGCCAGGAAGUCGCCGGAGCAGAGCAGACGCAGCUGCGCACCCAGCUGGAGGCUGUGCAAGAGAGCGAGGCUCAGCUGCGCGCACAACUCGAGGACAGUCACCGUCGGGAGAACAAUCUCAAGCGGCGCCUCGAUGAACUGGAGCUGGAGCUGAAGGAGGCGCAAGACGCUGUCGCGACACAAUCAGACCGACCCGCCAAGAGGCCUCGCCUUGAGGAGCCAGACCAGGAGCUCGAAGACGUCCCCAUAUCUGAAGAACUCGUGCCGGCCACUGUGGGCGAAGAUGAAUCUGCACCAACGGCUGAGCUUGAGGCUGCUGCUCCUGGGCUGGUAGUUGCCUUGAAGCAGGAAGUGACCCCCGAGGCGGAGGUCUCGCAGGAACCGGAAAUCGAGCACGAGACAGACGCUGUUACGGAGACGCCGGCUGAGCUGUGAUUGUGACAAACACAGUGCAAUUCAGGGUUCAGAUCCGCGGACUACGCCCAAUAUCACGUUCGCCCUCGUGCUGUGCGCGCGAUGCGGAGGGAUGAACGCACAAGCCUAAUACUCAGUUACGACCUCUGUGAUGUGGCAUUGUGCGCACUAGCAGGGAAUGGCGGAAUCAGCGGCGUUUUGGUUGAGCUUGCUUUAUUACACCAAUCACUCGAGGCGGCGGCCGCGAUCGAUGGAGGCAUAUACAACACGGCACUGGGAAAUGAAUGACACGGAACUAUGAGAUACCCUAGGGCCCAAAGGCUCGCACUGACCCCGGUUGGUGUGGUCAACAUGGCUGGAGUUGACGGCGCACAUGGAACAAAAAGGCAUCUAGGUACAGCGAGGGUUCUUAAAGUCGGCUGCUUAUGAGAUACCAGACAUGCUGCUUUGCUCUGCCCGACCCAACGUCCCUUGAAUGCCAUGUGGAGCGGACUCGUUGUCCCGCAGCGGCACUAAUGAUUCAACUAGGGUGCCCUCGGUGUGGAUCUAUCCGUUCUCCACGCGACAACUAUGGCGCGUGUCGUUCCCAGUGUUAACAAAAC